CAUUUAUGGUACUCCUGAUAAGUCUUAUUUUCAUCCUUCAGUUUACAGGCCCAAUUCAAUCAACCAAUAUUGAACAUUUACAAAAAAGACAAGACACUCCACCACCGGAUAAUCCACCGCCAAAAGAUAAUCCACCGCCAAAAGAUAAUCCACCGCCAAAAGAUAAUCCACCGCCAAAAGAUAAUCCACCACCGGAUAAUCCACCGCCACCACCACCGGAUAAUCCACCGCCAAAAGAUAAUCCACCGCCACCACCACCGGAUAAUCCACCGCCAAAAGAUAGUCCCCCAGAUAAUCCAACACCACCAGCCCCAGAUCCAACGCCACCAACUCCAGAUAAUCCAACUCCACCAGCCCCAGAUAGUCCAACGCCACCAGCCCCAGAUAGUCCAACGCCACCAAAUCCAGAUAGUCCAACUCCACCAGCCCCAGACAGUCCAACUCCACCAGCCCCAGACAGUCCAACGCCACCAGCCCCAGACAGUCCAACACCACCAGUCGCAGACACCACAACACCACCACCAAUAGCAGACACCACAACACCACCAGCCCCAGACAGUCCAACACCACCAGCCCCAGACAGUCCAACACCACCAGUCGCAGACACCACAACACCACCAGUCGCAGACACCACAACACCACCACCAAUAGCAGACACCACAACACCACCACCAAUAGCAGACACCACAACACCACCAGUAGCAGACACCACAACACCACCACCAGUCGCAGACACCACAACACCACCACCA